UUAUUUGAUUGAUAUUGAUAUUGAUACUACAGAUACAUACACGCGAAUACGCACAUAUGGGAUACUAUACUACAUAAACAUUGCAUACCCACUAUACAGUAUUCCACACAGUAUUUGUUAGACACCUUAUCACGCUACAUUUUUAUCACAUUUACAAUGGAACGUAUAUAGAUUUAGAAUCUCUGUUAAAAACCGUGUGGACGGCAGUGGGUAAAUUCAAAAUUAAAUAAUAACCGCUCCCGAGGAGAACCGAUUACAUAUAACUAUACGUAAUGGAUAGUACUCGAUCGCCUAUGGAUAACCUGUUUAAUAUGCUGUCAGGCUUCAGUGCGGGUCAUGAAAAAGCCUUAAAACAAGGCAUUUAUAAUGCCGUGGCACUGUUCCUUUUGUGCCUGAUAUCAGCCGCGGGAUACGGACUGUUCUUUAUAUUAAGGCCGUUCGUGAAACCUCUAAUCUGGGCGCUAUUAUGCGGUUCCGUUUUAUUCCCUUUCAAAUAUUCGCUAACUACUAUUGCACAAUCAUGGUUCGAGAAAACCGAGGCAUCUCACACGCCUCUGAUCAUCAAAUUUACGCUGCUGCCGGUGCAAAUAGUAGAUAAAGCUUCUGACAAUUUAGGAUCGUUUUUAUGGAGGCACAUUAAAUAUAUUGCCAGCACGUUCACGCUGGCUGUUUUAUCUUUGGGCGUAUAUCAUUACACGCCUACUAUACUAAGCUGUCUAAUAUGGAGGAUAUGCCUAAUUUUUAACACUAUUUUUGGAUUCUUUAUAGCAACAUGCAAUACUUACAUGAUUGUUAUCUCACUUGUUGGAUACUUGUCUGCUUUAUACGUUUAUUGGACACCAGAGAAUUCUAUUCAUUUCCGUUAUUCCUCAUUUGUCAUAUGGUUCAUGAUCAGUUUGUACAUUUCGAACAUGCUCGGUGGUUAUCAAGUUAUCGUAUUUAUAACGCUGCAACUGUUGCACGUAAUGGGAUUUAUUUACGAGGUGGUGAUGAUCAUGGAAAACCAUGAAGCAGAAGAUAAGCACAUGACGUUCAUGGAAGCAGUAGGCAUUGCGUUAACAAAUACUUUCUUUGUCAAUAACGCACAACAGGAUUCGUUGUCUUCGCUGAAGAGCAAAAUGCCGAUAGGAAGUAUAAAAGAAGAGAGCGCAGAUGAUGAAAGCCAAGAGAACAAAGUUGCUGCUGUCUCAGCAGUGCCAAGUGGUAUCAGUUCGAGUAACAAAUUAUCAAAGAAAUCGAUGUCCUUAGAUGCUGGGAACAGGAGUAUAAUGAGUCACAAAUCACGCCCGCCCAUGACAUUACGCGAUCGUUAUAUUUUAAGAAGAUUGAAAACGGAGUUGAAAAUGUCUGUGGACACAGAAGAUAAGGUUGACACUGACAAGUACAUGUACGGCGCACUGUACGCGUGCAUCGGAAUGCUUCUCUGGAAACACAGAUGGAUGAUAUAUAUUUUGAGCAUCCCCGUAGCUUUGUACAUAAUUAAGAAACUUGGCAGUUACUUCGGACUGUGGAAGAUGAUUGAAAGUCAAUGGAACGUAGUAAUAGAGAUUAUAAAGGCCUGGUGCAUGGAGAGGCACCAAGCUCUGUUACCAGCUAACGUUAGAGGUUUAUAUAAAGUUAUAAUCAUAGUCGAUGAGAAACUGACGAAGGCUUUGAAAGCUUCGGUGGAUUCGGUCGUGACGAUUGCUGUGAUUUUUGGACUACUUGUAUUCAUAAUUUGUACCUCUAUUUUUAUAACGAUACAGGUUUAUACCGAAGGCAUACACCUCAUUCAAAUCACUGGAGAAAUACUUAAUUCAUCUUUAAAUAAUCCAGACAUUGACUGGCUUCCUGAACAAUGGGAAGAGUCAGUUAACAGUGUAUUCGACAAUGCUUAUACGUAUGGUCGAAGCGCUAUUUCUGAUGGAAUUAAAAGUAUAGUAAAAGAUUUAGAUCCACUGAAAGCUGAGCAGACGGAGAAAAAAGUUUUAGAACUCUGGGACAGAUUUUACCAAGCGUGGAUGAUGUCCAAUGAAAGCUCUGAUUUAAUUGGCCCCACUGUGGACAUUUCCGCAGCUUAUUCAGCAUGGGAGAGCUUCAAAGAUAGUUUUGGCAAAACACCAUUGCAAGUAUUUAACAUGACCAGCAUACAACAUUUUGUGAAGGAGAACAUUGGAAUUUUUAUGUCUGUGCUGGAUUCGAUAUGGAGUAUAGUUAAAGGGAACAUGUCUGUGAUACUAGCGAUGUUUACAGAAUUAUUUUAUAUUGUACUGAUGAGCGGGUCAGCAGUACUUAACUUUACCCUCAGCAUGGUGGUGUUUUUCACGACGCUCUUCUAUCUCCUUAGUUCGAGCGAGAAAACCUACAAACCCGUCGAACUCACCACGGUAUUCAGCCCCAUUAGUUGUCACAGCGCACUUCAAAUCGAGGGAUUUGAAUUUGCCAAUGCAUUGCAAGAAGCAGUGAUUGGAGUAUUCGCUGCAACGUUCAAACUUGCUUCUUUCUUUGGGAUGUGGACGUGGUUCAUACACAAUUUGUUUCAAGUGAAAAUAGUUUAUUUGCCAUCGACUUUCGCAAUGAUGCUCGGAGCCGUGCCAUUCUUGGAUGCAUAUUGCGCGUGCAUUCCAGCUACGAUAGAACUCUGGUUCACUCGCGGAUACGUGAUCGCUAUCCUAUUCUUCAUGUUCCAUUUUCUUCCUUGCAAUAUCGUUGUAACUGAUUUCUAUAAAGAAAUUAAGGGUGGUGGACAUCCAUACCUCACAGGUCUUUCAAUAGCGGGUGGAAUAUUUUGCUUGGGAGUAGAAGGUGCGAUUUUUGGUCCUUUAUUAUUAUGCUGCAUAAUGGUAGCGAUUAAUCUAAGUCGGCGUUAUUUGCAUUCGCCAUCGGAAGACGUUAUUCCCCCGUAUGCAGAAAUUAAACAAUAAUUUAGUCAAUUUCUAAAGAAUAUAUUUUAGGAAUCUCUUAAAACUUAUUACAUACAAAGAAAUUUAAACUAACACUGCUGAUAAAAAGCAGAGUAACUUGUUGUCCAUAUGAAUAAUUUACAAGAACAAGAUAAUUUUGUAAUGCGUUAGCUUUAUCUAGUCCUUAGGAAAGUUAAUUUCAGCUUUUCGCUCAAAACUAAUAUCCACAUGUGUAAGGAACCACUUGUACAUCGGGAUUACAUUUUGAUCAGUUUUUUCCACUAACGUGCUAACAACGCGAUAUUUAAAUUGUGAUAAUAUAAUAAGAAAUUUCGGCUUCCGCUUGUAAAUAUAGUGUUUCAAUUAUAUUAAUUUAAGUAA